AUGUGUUUUUUCAUUAUAGGAGAACCUUCGUGUAAUCCAUUCUACGUGCGUUGGCCACGGGUUCGGUUAAACUUCAAGGCAGUUGCGAACGCCCGGUUGGUGCUCGGAGCUUGUGAGAGUGCAUGUUCACUUGGCGAAGAUCCACAGACCCCAGGACGUUCAUUGGAGUGUGCAGCCUUGAAUCACCACCCAUCUCCGGAUGGAUUCGCUCAUCAUUGUGACAUCUUCCAACCACAUCAACUACAAAACGUGGAUGGUUACGUGGAAGCGGAUGAUCGGUACUCGUUUUAUUGGAAGUACUGCCUCAGUUCAACCCGUAAGUGUAACGGUGACUAUGCAUUCACUUACCUCUCUGAUCGCUACAUGGAUGCACGUGAGGUGGUUCGUGUCAGUAAGAAGAAGAGCUUGGAGGACUGUCUCGUCGAAUGUCUCAAUGAAAAGUCGGUUCCAUGUCGAUCGGUUUCAUUCAAUCGAACCGACGGCGGCUGUCACAUUUCAGCGGACAGUCAGCUUACAAAGCCGCUGGCCAUUCGCCUUAACAACAAUCCAAAUUUUCGUAUUGACUACUACGAAAAUAACUGCUAUAAUCUAUCAGAUGUAUUCAAAUUUGAGUCAGAAUGCCGUGAUGAUGGAAUACUCGUCAAGGUAAAAAGCAAAUUCCCAUACACUGGGGCGUUGUACGGUCUCUAUGACUUUUUCACUUGUCGCAUCGAACCGACAGAACUGAAGGAGUUCGAAUAUCUGUUUCCAUUCCCGACAACCUCAAGAAAUUGUAGUGAUAGUAUACGCUUCCAGGGUAAUGAAAUGAUAUUGGACGUCGUUCUUUCUACCGACGGUGUUGAACCACUAUAUUUUAUCACACCUGAGGAUCUAACAUACCAAGCAAAAUGUCCUUUACUAAAUGCAACAACUUCUAGUAAUUACAAACGCUUGAACGAGGAAGGUACACAGUGA